GGUCUUUCUGCUUUCCAAUUACCGCCACGAUGCCGUUCGGUUAUAAUGGGCCAUUACUUCCAUCCUAUCCCAACUUGCGUAUAAAACUCCGCAGUCGACCCUCUGUUAACACCAUUUAACCACUGAAUGUCAAAUAUUCCGCGAAAAACCCCUCUUCCAGCUAUCAUGUCAGUAUCCUUAGCGCGCAAGCGCAUAAUCGUUGCAGUAACAGGGGCGACCGGAUCACCACUGGCCGUCAGCCUGCUCAAGACCCUGCGCCGAUUAGACGUCGAAGCCCAUCUCAUCAUGUCCAAAUGGGGAGCUGCAACCUUGAAAUAUGAAUUAGACCCACCUCACAACACACCCAGCUACUUGCAGUCGCUCGCUCACACGACUUAUGCUCCGCGCGACGUCUCUGCCGCCAUAUCUUCCGGCUCCUUCCGGACCGACGGUAUGAUUGUCGUCCCGUGCAGCAUGAAGACUCUGGCUGGGAUACGCAUGGGUUAUGAUGAUGAUCUAACUACUCGAGCGGCGAGCGUUACGCUGAAGGAGCGGAGAAGACUUGUUCUUGUUGCCAGGGAGACGCCCUUGAGUUCCAUCCAUUUAGAGAAUAUGCUACAGUUGACGCAUGCGGGUGCUGUGUUGUUUCCUCCUGUGAUGGCAUUCUACACCCAGCCAACGGGGAUAAAUGAUAUGGUAGAACAGAGUGUGACUAGGAUGAUCGAUCUACUGGACUUGGGAAUUCAGAGCCACAGUGCACAGGGUGAGCGAUGGACUGGGUUCCAAUGGGAGGCAAAGAAGGGGCAAGGUCGAGGGGAAGUCUAG